AUAAAAAGAAGUAAAAUUUAAAAUAUUUAAUUUGUAUGUAAUUUGUGGGCUAGUUUGUCUACUAACGAAGUUUCAGCACCAUGUCGGCUGCUAUGAUAACUGCUGACUGGUUUCUUCUUGGACGUGAUUUGUAUUAUAGAAAAUUUGAAAUAUACUCUAUGGAAUGGCCUCAAGAAAUCAAAUUGGAAAAUUUUAUUGUAUCGUCUGCCCCUUAUGGGGGGCCGAUGGCCAUUCGAAGGGAUGAUCAAAAAUUUGUCAAAAUUCAGGGCGGAGUUGGUCAGCCUGUGAUAUAUAUAUUUUCAGCCUCAGGAAAGACCAUUACAUCAUUUAAGUGGAGUCUAAAGCCCAUAGUUCAUAUGGGAUGGUCAAAUGAUGAAAAACUCAUAUGUAUCCAGGAAGAUGGAAAUAUAGUUAUCUAUGAUAUGUUUGGAAAACUUGAGCACAAAUUCAAUAUAUUUCAGAAAUUACAAGAUACCAAAGUCAUUGCAGCAACAAUUUUUACCAACCCACGGAAUGUGACUGGAGUUGCUGUAUUGACCUCAAAUUUUAAGGUUUUCCUGAUCAAUAGUAUAAAAGAUAUUAAAACUAGACAACUGAGUGAUAUUACAAAAUCAAACAUUCCACCAACUUGUUUGGCAGUAAUUUCAGAAGAUUCGACAACAGAAAUGUUAUUAGCAAGGAACAGAGACUUGUAUAGGUUAAAACAAGAUGAACACCACACGAGUGCUAUAUUACAGCCUGACAUUUCCAACAGUUACACCAGCAUUUUGGAAAUGGCUGUAUCUUUAAAUGCCAGACACCUCUGCUUGUAUACUGAUUCAGGAUAUCUGUGGCUGGGCUCAACAGAUUUAAGAAAAAAGUACUCAGAAAUAGACACGGAAAUUAUUUCCAAACCUAAACAGCUGACAUGGUGUGGGAAUGAGGCAGUCAUUGUGUAUUGGGAGAGGGAUCACACAAUCCUUGUGGUAGGAAAAUAUGGUCAAAAAAUGUUAUAUAAUUAUGAUAGUGCAGUUCAUUUGAUACCUGAGAUAGAUGGAGUGAGGAUAGUAACUAAUUCUCAGCAGGAGCUUCUGCAGAAAGUACCAGAUGAAGUGCAGAAAAUAUUCCGUAUUAAUAGUACCGAGCCAGGCAGUUUUUUAUUGGAAGCUUCUAAACAGUUUCAGAAAGGAAGUCAUAAGGCUAACGAAUACAUAUGUUUAGUUAAACAAAAUUUGGAAGAAGCAGUUAAUCAGUGUUUGGAUGCUGUGGGGUUUGAAUUUGACACUGCAGUGCAAAAGAAACUAAUCAGGGCCGCCCAAUUUGGUAAAUGUUUCAUAGCCAACAUGAAUUCUGAUAGAUAUGUCAAAAUGUGUCGCCUUCUUAGAGUUCUAAAUGCUAUACGUGAUUCGAAAGUUGGAUUGCCCUUAACUAUUACCCAGUUAAAGUAUAUGAAGCAAAGGGAUAAUGAUGAACAAGAAGAAAACGAGUCUUUAAAGAAUCUGUUAAAUAGACUGAUAACUCGCAACAUGUAUUUUUUGGCGCUUCAGGUGGCUCGUUAUUUAAAAAUGCCUGAUAAAGAUGGUUGCACCCACAUUCUUGUGCACUGGGCCAAAUAUAAGGUAAGCCAGCAUCAUGUGGAGGAAGAAGUUGUUGCCAGAGAAAUAGCUGAAAAACUGGGCUCUGCACCCGGAAUCUCCUACAGGCAAAUUGCAGAGAAAGCUUCCGAAUAUGGUAAGAAAAAAUUGGCUAUCAAGUUACUGGAUUAUGAAUCAAAACCAAGCGAGCAAGUUGAACUGCUCUUAAAAUUAGGAGAAAAUACACCUGCUCUGGUAAAAGCGAUAGAAAGUGGUGACACGGAUCUGAUAUACAUGGUGAUACUCAAAUUGAGAGAAAAAAUGCCGCUGGGCGAUUUUAAGAUGACUAUUAGGAAUUAUCCCAUCGCCCAGUCUUUGUACAUCAUCUACUGCAAGGAGCACAGUGCUCAGGCUUUAACCGAGAUUUUUAUACAAGAGGAUGACUUCACAGCGCAAGCCGAAAUGUUUAUUUUGGAGAGUCUCGAUCCAAAGAGAGAGCAUAUGAAGGACUCCUUGUUGAAUUCUGCCGCGGAAGCUUACAAGAAAGGCCGGAAGGAAUUGUGCGCUACUCUAUGCGAGGAAUCUUUAAAAUUGUUACGGUUCCAAAGAGAUGUGCAAGAUAAGCUCAAAUUGGGUGAUAGGUUGGUCGGGAAAUCAGUACAUGAGACCUGCAAAACGCUGCUGGAAUUGAAAGAGCCAAAACAGGCAGAAAAGGUCAAGAACGACUUCAAGAUACCAGACAGGCGGUAUUGGUGGUUGAAAAUAAGCUCGUUGGCGAGUCAACAGAAGUGGGAGGAAUUGGACAAUUUUUCAAAGUUAAAGAAAUCUCCUAUAGGCUACACUCCAUUUAUUGAUGUGUGUCUUGAACAUGACAGAAAAGAUGAAGCUAUGAAAUAUUUAUCAAGGGUCAGCAACGAUUUGAAAGUCAAAUACUGUCUUAAAAUUGGGAACUUUGAAGAAGCGGCAAAUAUCGCUUUCCAACUGAAGGAUGUUCAAAGUCUCAUUUAUAUCCAGUGUAAAUGCCCGUCCCAGUCGCAGCUUCAUCAAAAACUUUCCAAUAUGAUUAGUCAGCUGGAAGCGAAAAAUAGAUAA